CCAACGAACAUUACUACUUUUCAAUACAUAAACUAUUUUGCUUCAAUUCCACCCAACACGCAUACAAAUCGUAUGGGCGUUAAAGAUCUAUGAAAACGUUGCCCAACACAGACUACUGCCCGUCUCUCUCAAAUAUAAAUAAUUGGACCGUGGAGAGUCGUACGGCCUAUUACCAUCGAUGGCUGAGGGGCUUGUUGAACAACAUACAUUGGUUCGGAAUACCUGAAAAAUACGCUAUUUGCAAUUUGGAAUUACAAAAAGACUAAAGAUAAACCCAGCAUUCAUGAAUUCUGAAGCUAAGGACUUGGAUUUAAGAAAGGGCGAUGCAGAACGGCCACACUUCGAAGCAGUUACAACUUUGUGCGACUCACAGGCGAUUCGGAGUGUCGAUUUUCAUCCGAAUGGAAAGUUGUACGCGGUGGGCUCCAAUUCAAAGACUUUUCGGAUCUGUCAGUAUCCACAACUUUCCAAGCUAAGAAAUGGGCAGCAGACCACCGUGUAUCCACCGUCAGUUCUGUGCAAGCGGACGAAGCACCAUCGAGGAUCAAUAUACUGCACUUGCUGGUCCAGAGAUGGAGAGAUCAUUGCCACAGGAUCAAACGACAAAACAAUCAAGUAUAUGAGAUUUAACAACGAUACAAAUCAGCUGGUGGGGCACGAGAUGGAGCUGAAUAUACACGAUGGAACUGUUCGCGACAUGUGCUUCCUUGACGACUCUUCCACGAAGUCGCGACUCUUAGUGAGCGGUGGCGCUGGGGACUGCAAGAUCUACAUUACCGACUGUGUUUCAGGAACCCCGUUCCAGGCGUUCAGUGGCCAUUCCGGUCAUAUUUUGUCCCUGUUUAGCUGGAAUAAUGCAAUGUUCGUAUCCGGAUCACAGGAUCAAACGAUACGCUUUUGGGAUCUUCGAGUAAAUGUUUCGGUAAACACCUUAGAGCAUGAGCGUAAGGAUAACACACUGGGAAACUCUGCUGUGACAGCAGUCUGCGUUGAUCCGACAGGCAGGCUUCUCGUAUCCGGGCAUGCGGAUAGCUCGUGCGUACUAUAUGACAUCCGUGGAAAUCGGCCAAUACAGCGGUUUUAUCCUCACAGCGCUGAAAUAAGGUGCGUUCGGUUUUCUCCCUCCGCUUAUUACAUGCUGACUUGCAGCUACGACAAUUCGGUCAAGCUUACUGAUCUGCAAGGUGAUCUGGCACAUGAGCUAUCCUCCGUGGUGGUGGCAGAGCAUAAAGAUAAAGCAAUUACCAUUCGAUGGCAUCCAACAGAAUUUUCAUUCAUCUCAACAUCCGCGGACAAAACUGCCACAUUAUGGGCCUUACCUCCCUCGUAAUAGCCACGGAGCCCUACUCUGAUGGCGAACCCCGAGUCAAUGCAUUCAUUUCGUUGUCAAUAUUGUAUUUGUGCUGAUGGAUCAAUGCAUUUGUUGAUCAGACUGAUCUAAUUUAUGAAAUAAACCAGAGCUGGAAUCCAUUCCAUGCAGCUUGCUCGCAAUUAAUUUAAAUCUAGGACUUUACCGACCAUAGAAUCCGGCCAAAGGCAUUAAGUUACUGGGUGCAAUGCAAUCGUUAUCUCUUUUGGAAUCAAUAAAUAAAUAAUGAAACAUCCACUUAAAAUUAAUAUUCCAUGCUCGAAGUAAAGACAAAUAAAAGACCAGGCUUUAAGUUUUA